GCGCAGCCCAGCCCCGGGGCAGCCGCCCCGCAGGCACCGCGGAAGGGAUGAUCCGAGCGGCGCUCGGUUGGGCUCGCAGCUGAACGCGCCUCCAUCCCUCCCUCCCUCCUCUUCUCCCUCCCUCUUUUUCUCUCUCUCUCUCUCGGCUCUCCUCCUCCCUAACUCACUGGAUAUUACCAGCCGCCGGGCUCGCCGCCGCCUCUCCCCCAGCCAUGAAUCCCGCCGAAGGGGCGGCGGAGGAAGGCGCUGUCCCUGACUCCGAGGUGGAUGCUUUCUUCCGAACAGGCUCUUUUCGAAAUGAUGGUUUAAAAGCUGCUGAUGUGCUUCCUAUACUGAAGGAGAAAGUGGCCUUUGUGUCAGGUGGCCGUGAUAAACGAGGUGGUCCCGUCCUGACCUUCCCAGCCCGCAGCAAUCAUGACAGAAUAAGGCAGGAAGACCUUCGUAAACUUGUGACUUAUUUGGCCAGCGUGCCAAGCGAAGAUGUUUGCAAACGAGGAUUCACUGUUAUUAUCGAUAUGCGGGGAUCUAAAUGGGAUUUGAUCAAGCCUCUCCUAAAAACCCUUCAAGAAGCCUUUCCUGCUGAGAUUCAUGUGGCCCUGAUUAUAAAACCUGAUAAUUUCUGGCAGAAGCAGAAAACAAACUUCGGCAGUUCCAAGUUCAUCUUUGAGACAAGUAUGGUGUCUGUGGAAGGCCUGGCAAAGCUUGUGGAUCCUUCUCAACUGACGGAUGAGUUCGAAGGGUCCUUGGAUUACAACCAUGAUGAAUGGAUAGAGCUGCGUGUCUCCUUGGAAGAGUUUUUCAACAGUGCCAUCCAUUUAUUGUCAAGGCUGGAGGAUCUCCAGGAAAUGUUGGCUAGGAAGGAGUUUCCAGUUGAUGUUGAGGGCUCAAGAAGGCUGAUUGAUGAGCACACACAGCUUAAGAAAAAAGUGAUUAAAGCUCCUGUGGAAGAACUGGAUCGUGAGGGCCAGAGGUUAUUACAAUGCAUAAGAUCUAGUGAUGGUUUUUCUGGUAGGAACUGCAUUCCUGGAAGUGCAGAUUUUCAAAGUCUUGUGCCAAAGAUCACCAGCCUUUUAGACAAGCUGCAUUCCACCCGGCAACACUUGCAUCAGAUGUGGCAUGUCCGCAAGUUGAAACUGGACCAGUGCUUUCAACUCCGGCUUUUUGAGCAAGAUGCUGAGAAGAUGUUUGACUGGAUCAGCCACAACAAAGAGUUGUUCCUGCAGAGUCACACAGAGAUCGGUGUGAGCUACCAGCACGCCCUGGACCUGCAGACACAGCACAACCACUUUGCCAUGAAUUCCAUGAAUGCCUACGUCAACAUCAAUCGAAUCAUGUCUGUGGCAUCAAGGCUCUCUGAGGCAGGCCACUAUGCUUCCCAGCAGAUCAAACAAAUAUCCAGCCAGCUGGAUCAGGAGUGGAAGAGUUUUGCUGCAGCUCUGGAUGAGCGCAGCACCAUCUUAGCCAUGUCUGCUGUCUUUCACCAGAAAGCUGAACAGUUCCUUUCGGGUGUGGAUGCCUGGUGCAAAAUGUGCAGUGAUGGAGGCCUCCCCUCAGAAAUGCAAGACCUGGAACUGGCCAUCCACCAUCACCAGACCCUCUAUGAGCAAGUAACACAGGCCUACACAGAGGUGAGCCAGGAUGGAAAAGCCUUGCUGGAUGUCCUACAGCGUCCCUUGAGUCCUGGGAAUUCUGAAUCCCUUACUGCUACUGCAAACUACUCCAAAGCUGUUCACCAGGUGUUGGAUGUAGUACAUGAAGUCCUGCACCACCAGCGGCGCCUAGAAAGCAUCUGGCAACACAGAAAAGUCCGGCUACAUCAAAGGCUGCAGCUCUGUGUUUUCCAGCAGGAUGUUCAACAGGUACUGGACUGGAUUGAAAAUCACGGGGAAGCUUUUCUGAGCAAACACACAGGAGUGGGGAAGUCUCUACACAGAGCACGUGCACUGCAGAAAAGACAUGAUGAUUUUGAAGAGGUAGCACAGAAUACGUACACGAAUGCAGACAAGCUCCUGGAGGCUGCAGAGCAGUUGGCUCAGACCGGGGAAUGUGACCCUGAAGAGAUCUAUAAAGCAGCCCGGCAUCUGGAAGUUCGGAUUCAGGACUUUGUUCGGAGGGUGGAACAGAGGAAACUUCUCUUGGACAUGUCAGUCUCCUUCCACACGCACACCAAAGAGCUGUGGACAUGGAUGGAAGAUCUGCAGAAGGAGCUCUUAGAGGAUGUCUGUGCUGACUCUGUGGAUGCAGUUCAGGAGCUUAUCAAGCAGUUUCAGCAGCAGCAAACAGCCACCCUGGAUGCUACCCUCAAUGUUAUUAAAGAAGGGGAAGAUCUAAUCCAGCAGCUCAGGGACUCUGCCGUUUCCAACAACAAGACUCCCCACAACAGCUCCAUCAGCCACAUCGAAUCCGUCCUUCAGCAGCUCGACGAGGCCCAGGUACAGAUGGAAGAGCUCUUCCAUGAGAGGAAGAUUAAGCUAGACAUUUUCCUUCAGCUCCGGAUUUUUGAGCAGUACACCAUUGAGGUUACAGCAGAGUUGGAUGCUUGGAAUGAAGAUCUGCUGAGGCAGAUGAAUGAUUUCAAUACUGAGGAUCUCACUCUGGCUGAGCAGCGAUUGCAGCGUCACACUGAGCGGAAACUGGCCAUGAACAACAUGACCUUUGAAGUCAUCCAGCAAGGGCAAGACUUGCACCAAUACAUCAUGGAGGUCCAGGCUUCAGGCAUUGAGCUGAUCUGUGAAAAAGACAUUGAUCUUGCAACACAGGUUCAAGAACUGCUGGAAUUCCUUCAUGAGAAACAGCAUGAGCUGGAGCUUAAUGCUGACCAAACUCACAAGAGGUUAGAGCAGUGCCUACAGCUCCGGCACCUCCAGGCUGAGGUCAAGCAGGUGCUUGGCUGGAUCAGGAAUGGGGAGUCGAUGCUCAAUGCGAGCCUUGUCAAUGCCAGCUCCCUCUCGGAGGCUGAGCAGCUCCAGCGAGAGCACGAGCAGUUCCAGCUGGCAAUAGAGUCCCUCUUUCAUGCCACUUCCUUACAGAAGACACACCAGAGUGCCCUGCAGGUCCAGCAGAAGGCCGAAGUGUUGCUGCAGGCUGGACAUUACGAUGCCGAUGCCAUCAGAGAAUGUGCUGAGAAGGUGGCUCUGCACUGGCAGCAGCUGAUGCUGAAGAUGGAGGACAGGCUCAAACUUGUCAAUGCCUCCGUGGCCUUUUAUAAAACCUCUGAGCAGGUGUGCAGCGUGUUAGAGAGUUUGGAGCAGGAAUACAGACGGGAUGAAGACUGGUGUGGAGGCCGAGAUAAACUUGGACCAGCAGCUGAGAUAGACCAUGUCAUCCCUCUGAUCAGCAAACAUCUGGAACAGAAGGAGGCUUUUCUCAAGGCCUGUACCCUGGCCCGGAGGAACGCCGAGGUGUUCCUCAAGUACAUCCACAGGAACAACGUCAGCAUGCCCGGAGUGGCGAGCCACACCAGAGGGCCCGAGCAGCAGGUCAAAGCCAUUCUGAGCGAGCUGUUGCAGAGGGAGAAUCGGGUCCUUCACUUCUGGACCCUGAAGAAGCGGAGAUUAGAUCAGUGCCAGCAAUAUGUUGUCUUUGAGCGCAGUGCCAAGCAGGCCUUAGACUGGAUCCAAGAAACAGGCGAAUAUUACCUCUCUACUCACAACUCCACAGGGGAAUCAGCAGAAGAAACUCAGGAGCUCCUGAAGGAAUAUGGGGAAUUCAGAGUACCUGCCAAACAAACAAAGGAGAAAGUGAAGCUCCUCAUCCAGCUGGCUGACAGCUUUGUAGAGAAAGGACACAUACACGCCACUGAAAUUAGGAAGUGGGUCACCACCGUUGACAAGCGCUACCGGGACUUCUCUCUCAGGAUGGGGAAAUACCGCUACUCCCUGGAAAAAGCCCUUGGAAUCAACCCAGAGGAUAACAAAGACCUAGAACUAGAUAUCAUUCCAGCAAGUCUUUCAGACCGGGAGGUAAAGCUGAGAGAUGCAAAUCAUGAAGUCAAUGAAGAAAAAAGGAAGUCAGCCAGAAAGAAAGAAUUCAUUAUGGCUGAGCUGCUGCAGACAGAAAAAGCUUAUGUCAGGGAUUUACAUGAAUGCUUAGAGACUUACCUCUGGGAAAUGACGAGUGGAGUGGAAGAAAUACCAGCUGGGAUCCUUAAUAAAGAACACAUCAUCUUUGGCAAUAUUCAGGAGAUAUAUGACUUCCAUAACAACAUUUUCCUAAAGGAGCUGGAGAAAUAUGAACAACUGCCCGAGGAUGUGGGCCACUGCUUUGUCACCUGGGCAGAUAAAUUUCAGAUGUAUGUCACCUACUGCAAAAACAAGCCUGAUUCCAGCCAGCUCAUCCUGGAACAUGCAGGGACUUUCUUUGAUGAAAUUCAACAGAGGCAUGGGCUGGCCAACUCCAUCUCUUCUUAUUUAAUCAAGCCUGUUCAGAGGAUCACAAAAUACCAACUCCUACUGAAGGAACUGCUGACCUGCUGUGAGGAGGGCAAAGGGGAACUGAAGGAUGGUCUGGAAGUGAUGCUCAGUGUCCCAAAGAAGGCCAAUGAUGCGAUGCACGUCAGCAUGCUGGAAGGCUUUGAUGAGAACCUGGACGUCCAGGGAGAGCUGAUUCUUCAGGAUUCCUUCCAAGUGUGGGAUCCCAAGUCUCUCAUUCGGAAAGGCCGUGAGAGGCAUUUGUUUCUCUUUGAAAUCUCUUUGGUGUUUAGCAAAGAGAUCAAAGAUUCUUCAGGACACACAAAAUAUGUUUACAAGAACAAGUUACUGACCUCAGAACUGGGAGUGACUGAACAUGUUGAAGGAGAUCCCUGCAAAUUUGCUUUGUGGUCUGGACGAACACCAUCCUCAGACAAUAAAACAGUGCUGAAAGCAUCCAGUAUUGAAACAAAACAGGAAUGGAUCAAAAAUAUCCGGGAAGUUAUUCAGGAAAGGAUCAUUCAUCUGAAAGGAGCUCUGAAAGAGCCAAUUCAGCUCCCCAAGACACCUGCAAAGCAGCGGAACAACAGCAGAAGAGAUGGAAUAGAUGAUGCAGACAGCCAAGGGGAUGGCAGCAGUCAACCUGACACCAUUUCCAUUGCCUCCAGGACAUCACAGAACACAGUGGACAGUGAUAAGCAUUUCGUCUACGGCAGAGACACAGGACAGUUGUCUGGAGGGUGUGAACUAACUGUGGUGCUCCAGGACUUUACAGCGAGCCACAGCAGCGAGCUGAGCAUUCAGGUGGGGCAGACAGUGGAGCUGCUGGAGAGGCCGAGCGAGAGGCCAGGCUGGUGUUUGGUCAGGACCACGGAGCGGAGCCCACCUCAGGAGGGUCUGGUCCCCAGCAGCGCUCUCUGCAUUUCCCAUUCCCGCAGCAGCGUGGAGAUGGAUUGCUUCUUCCCUUCAGGAAAAGACGCGUAUUCAGUCUCUUCCAAUGACAACGGGGGCAAGUCUGACUCAGUGGCCAACUUACAACCUCAGCCAUCCCUCAACUCCAUCCAGAGCUCGCCGGGCCCCAAGCGCUCGACCAACACCCUGAAGAAAUGGCUGACCAGUCCCGUGCGCCGCCUGAACAGCGGCAAGACCGAGAGCCACAUCAAGAAACAGAAGAAGGUGCGAGAUGGAAGGAAGAGCUUUGAUCUCGGCUCACCAAAGACUGGAGAUGAAACCACUCCUCAAGGAGACAGCGCAGAUGAGAAGAGCAAGAAGGGCUGGGGAGAAGAUGAACCAGAUGAAGAGUCUCACACACCUCUUCCACCUCCUAUGAAGAUUUUUGACAAUGAUCCAACCCAAGAUGAUAUGUCCUCUUCUUUGCUAGCUGCUCGACAGAGCUCCUCCGAUGUCCCAACUGCUGCGGAUCUUGUCAGUGCAAUAGAAAAGUUGGUCAAAACUAAGCUGACCCUUGAAGGAGGAUCUUAUCGAGGAGGCUUAAAAGAUGCCACUGGCUGCUUAAAUGAAGGAAUGACACCUUCAACUCCCCCACGAAACCUGGAAGAGGAGCAAAAAGCCAAAGCAAUGAGAGGCAGGAUGUUUGUCUUAAAUGAGCUGGUGCAGACUGAAAAGGACUACGUCAAAGACUUGGGAACUGUUGUGGAGGGCUUCAUGAAGAGGAUGGAAGAAAAAGGAGUUUCUGAAGAUAUGAAAGGGAAAGACAAGAUUGUGUUUGGCAAUAUUCACCAGAUCUAUGACUGGCACAAAGACUUUUUCCUGGCUGAACUGGAAAAAUGUCUUCAAGAACCUGAGCGUUUAGCACAGCUUUUUAUUAAGCAUGAGCGGCGAUUGCACAUGUAUGUGGUGUAUUGCCAAAACAAGCCCCGGUCUGAGUAUAUAGUAGCUGAGUAUGAGACGUACUUUGAGGAGGUUCAGCAGGAAAUAAGCCAGCGGCUGACCAUCAGUGACUUUCUGAUUAAACCCAUUCAAAGAAUAACUAAAUACCAGCUUCUUCUCAAGGACUUCCUGAGGUACAGUGAAAAAGCUGGUCUGGAGUGCUCCGAGAUAGAGAAAGCAGUUGAAUUAAUGUGCCUUGUACCAAAACGUUGCAAUGACAUGAUGAACCUGGGUCGCCUCCAAGGCUUUGAGGGCAAGCUGACAGCUCAAGGCAAGCUGCUGCAGCAGGACACCUUCUACGUGACAGAGCAGGAUUCCGGGGUUCAGUCUCGACCCAAGGAGCGCAGGGUGUUUCUCUUUGAGCAAAUAGUUAUCUUCAGUGAACUCCUUAGAAAAGGAUCUCUAACGCCAGGCUACAUGUUCAAGAAAAGCAUAAAGAUGAACUACCUUAUCAUUGAAGAAAAUGUGGACAAUGAUCCCUGCAAGUUUGCUCUAAUGAGCCGGGAAACAUCAGAGAGAGUCAUUUUGCAGGCAGCUAAUCCAGAAAUUCAACAAGCUUGGGUACAGGACAUCAACCAGGUCCUGGACACACAACGAGAUUUCCUCAACGCGCUGCAGUCGCCCAUCGAGUACCAACGCAAGGAGAGCAGCUCGGCGGUGCUGCGGCCCCAGGCUGGCAGGGUCCCUCAGCCCAACACCAGGCCCCAUUCUUCUAUUCCAGUAGGGUCUGAGAAGCCUUUGAAGGCUACAAGCCGUAACCCAUCUCUCCCACCCCUGAAGAUAUCUACCUCCAAUGGCAGCACAGGGUAUGAGCACUCACAGCCCGGAGACAAGUAUGAACAAAGCAAGACUGAUUUGGGAGGGUGCAAUGGGACCUCUUCCAUGGUGGUGAUUAAAGAUUACUAUGCACUGAAGGAGGAUGAGAUCUGUGUGAAUCAAGGAGAGGUGGUUCAGAUCCUUGCUAUCAACCAGCAGAACAUGUUCCUGGUGUACCAGCCCGCAAACGACCACUCUCCAGCCGCUGAAGGAUGGAUCCCUGGCAGUAUCUUGGCUCCCCUCCCUAAAUCCACUACAGAUAGUAGCGAUGGAAGCAUCAAGAAGUCAUGUUCAUGGCAUACCCUGCGCAUGAGAAAGCGGGCGGAAAAGGAGAGCAGUGGCAAAAAUGAAGCCAAUGGGCCACGUAAAUCCAAGGAUAUUCUGGGGAACAAAGUCUCUGUUAAAGAGACAAACAGCUCAGAGGAAUCAGAGUGUGAUGACCUUGACCCCAAUACUAGUAUGGAGAUAAUCAACCCCAAUUUCAUCCAAGAAGUGGCUCCAGAGUUUCUUGUGCCAUUAGUGGACAUCACCUGCCUGCUGGGGGACACAGUGAUGCUGCAGUGCAAAGUCUGUGGGCGACCCAAACCAACUAUAACCUGGAAAGGACCAGACCAAAACAUUCUGGACAAUGACAACAGCACAGCCACUUACACAGUGUCAUCCUGUGACUCAGGAGAGCUCACCUUGAAGAUCUGCAACCUGAUGCCUCAGGACAGCGGCAUCUACACCUGUGUGGCAACCAAUGAACAUGGAACGGCAUCAACCUCUGCAACCAUCAAAGUGCAAGGUGUGCCAGCUGCCCCAAACCGCCCCAUUGCUCAGGAGAGAAGCUGCACCUCUGUGAUCCUACGCUGGCUACCCCCAACCAGUACAGGCAAUUGCACCAUUUCAGGCUACACUGUGGAGUACAGAGAAGAAGGCUCACAGGUCUGGCAGCAGUCAGUAGCCUCCACUUUGGACACGUACCUCGUCAUUGAGGACCUGUCCCCAGGCUGCCAGUACCAGUUCCGAGUGAGUGCCAGCAAUCCCUGGGGGAUCAGCUUGCCCAGCGACCCGUCCGAGUUCGUGAGGCUCCCCGAGUACGAUUCUGCUGCUGAUGGUGCCACUGUUUCAUGGAAGGAAAACUUUGACCUUGCUUAUGCAGAGCUGCAUGAGAUUGGGAGGGGUCGAUUCUCCAUAGUAAAGAAAUGUGUCCACAAAGCCACCCGGAAAGAUGUUGCUGUAAAAUUCAUUAGUAAAAAAAUGAAAAAGAAAGAGCAGGCAGCACAUGAAGCAGCUUUGUUACAACACUUACAGCAUCCUCAGUACAUCACUAUCCAUGAUACCUACGAGUCUCCAACUUCUUACAUCUUAGUUUUGGAACUGAUGGAUGAUGGUCGUCUCUUAGAUUAUCUGAUGAACCACGAUGAACUUAUGGAGGAAAAGGUGGCGUUCUAUAUAAGAGACACAAUGGAAGCCUUGCAGUACCUCCACAACUGCAGAGUGGCUCACUUGGACAUAAAGCCAGAAAAUCUGCUCAUUGAUUUAAGAAUCCCAGUGCCUCGUGUCAAGAUCAUUGAUUUGGAAGAUGCAGUCCAGAUCACAGGUCACUACCAUGUCCACCACCUCCUUGGAAACCCGGAGUUCGCAGCCCCUGAAGUUAUCCAAGGCCUUCCCGUGUCCCUGAGCACGGAUAUCUGGAGCAUCGGGGUCCUCACCUACGUCAUGUUAAGUGGUGUCUCUCCAUUCCUGGAUGAAAGCAAAGAGGAGACUUGUAUCAACGUGUGCAGAGUGGAUUUCAGCUUCCCGCACGAGUACUUCUCCGACGUGAGUCACGCCGCCAGGGAUUUCAUCAACGUUAUCCUCCAGGAAGACUUCAGGAGAAGGCCAACAGCAGCCACUUGUUUACAGCACCCGUGGCUGCAGCCGCACAAUGGCAGCUAUUCCAAGAUCCCACUGGAUACCUCCCGCUUGGCUUCCUUCAUCGAGCGCCGCAGGCACCAGUACGACGUGCACCCGGUCCCCAGUGUCAAGAGCUUCCUGUUGAGCAGGAUGAAGCCGGGCACGUAGUGCCUCCAUUCACGGGAUCCCACGCUGCCGGUCCCGAGCCGGGAGCGCCGCCGGGAGCACGCGGAUCCGUCUGUACAUAUCCCAUGGUCGGUGUUUGCGUUCCACCACUGCAGGGGGGAGUCACUGCGGGCCUGGCAAUUGGACCAAGGCAAAGGUGGUGACAGCAGCGGGGACACGCUCCAUCUCUCGGGGCACCUGGUAUUGGCACAUCCACCAGCAAAAAGGGACUGCAGCAAGCAAACACCUACUGGGAAUGAGAGCCAAAAUUGCAGUUGCCUUAAUCUUUGUGAGGCAGCCUUAUAAGAAAUCCUCUUGAUCUUGCUGAGCUGAAUUUAAAAUGUACAAAAGAAUAGGAAUAGGAUGGGGGGAGGGGGGUUGGGAGCGAGACCAGGCUGACCUUAGCACGUACUGCAGAACUGGACUGGUCAGUUUUUGCUGAAAUCAUUGCAAGCCUGCUCCAGAUUAUCAGUCAGAUUUCUCAUGCCCCGUAUGCCCAGAUCUGCCAUGAUUUCAGUGGGGACUUUGCCUGCAUAGGACAUGCAAAAUCAGGCUCCAGUCACUGCUGGAUCAGCUCUCAUGGUGGCGUGGCUUAGGUACACUCAUGUUUCGUGGUAGUUCUCAGACCAAAAUCCUCCAUUAAGCCCCUCCUUGGGCUUUCUGCUGUGUUAAGUCAAUGUGCAGCACCUUUUGGAGCUACGAUUAAGGCAAUGAAUUCAUUGGAGCAUACAGCUGGUUCUGAUUAAGCACAAUGGGACUAUGGUGGGUUUUUUAAAAGCAUUUUAUACACAUUGUACAGAAAUCUUUUGCAAAACCUGUGCAUUGAGAAAAGGCAAAGUCCAAUUUUUGCAGUAUCUGUAAACUAGAUGAUGAUGGUGAUGGAGACAAUUUUUUCUAUCACAGGUUUUCAGUAUACAUAUAUUGUAUCAUAGAUAUAAAUAUAUAUAAAUAUAAAGGAUCCUGUUCCAUUUCUAGCUUCGGAAUUGCUUGGCCCAAAGUCCAUCUAAACCUUUCUGAGUGCAGUAGGAGUGGUGAGUUCAUUCUUGUGCUUACAGCUUGAAAAUCGUUUUCAGUGUUUAAAGUAUGUCAUUUGUUUCAUUUCCAAACUUGUAAAUAACUUCAGCCACCAUUAGCACCUCAUAACCAAAGCAUUCAUGAGGAUAUUUUUAUGCCCAAAGCCUAAUUUGUAAUAAAAAAAAUAAUAUUCACAAUUGAAACAUUUCUCUCUUGCAAGCCAAGUCGCAACAUCAUCAUAUUGAUGUUAGAGUGAUGGAACCAGCCUUAGGUAUAACCAACAUAGGGAGUCUGCAGUGACAAAUCAGCAGUUUAUAGGUUGGCCAAAUCUUCCUUUCCAGAAAUGGGACUGGAAGGGGAAACCAGCUGGGGCUUCCCCAUCCUACUGCCACACCACAAAGCUCUACAGCCUUGAGGGGUUAUGAUCAGAGAUUCUUUUUCCCCUGGCAUGUGGGGACUUUGUCUCGGUGCUGAGUACCAUUUGUGUGCCUGUAAUGGGAAAUGGCCAUUGUUACCAAAGGUUUUCCUAAGGAAAAGGGCUUGAUCUGACCACCUGUGCUCAUACAGACUUUCUUGUAAGGGAGAGAGUCACUUCUCAUUUACCAUCUGAGUAACUGCACUGUGAGCCUGCAGGAGCAAGUGCUGUCUCUGCCAGCAGGUGGUGGAGAUGCCCUGCAAGGACUAUUAAAUUCUCAGGGCUCUGAUAGCCCUUUUUUUGAUCCACCUUCAAGCUCCCUUUCACAGCAGGGAGGAGACCUGGCCCUUCUCUUUGUGCUUGCUCUAUCACUACACCAGAGUGGUCAGUAUUUUGUUAGUGGAGAAGAGGCACAGCAAAAACCCUCAGCACUCAGAACUGAGUGUGUGCAACAAAGAACAGCCCGUGAGAUUGGGAAGCCACAGGCAGAAGUGAGCACAGGUGCCUCAGCAGAGUCAAAAGCAGUUCUGUGAGAGAUCUAAUGCAGGGAGGGAGUGUGGAAAGGUUUGAAAGAGACAAGUAUUCACAGAAGGUUAAGCUUUUUGAAUCGUCUAGAACCUAUCUCAGUUCCUCUCUAAAGCAGCAGCUGAUUUUCUAAGCAAUCCAGCAGCACCCCUUAGAUAAAAACCAGACUCAUCCUGAACAACAGUGCAAAAUAUGCAAUUUCUUAGCAACUGAAUACAGACAGCAGUCAAGGGAGGGUCUCUAAUUACCACCAGCCUCAGGUACUUUCUCACUACAAGACUGUCUGUAAUUCUUCCUAUUUGUCAAAGCUGAUUCUUUGUGCUGCAAUUGUGCUGCCCUUAAAAAAAAUGUUUGUAUAAGUGUGGUCUGUAAAACCCACAACUUUUAUCAGGCCUAUGGGUACAGUUUAAGCCACAGGCUUUCUGGUUGGCCUUAAUACAAACAAAUUCUCAUGUAUCACAUGAAAUUGGGAGUUAUUUAGCAUUUUGUUUUCCUACAUCCCAUAUUCAUAUGUCAAACUACAACAGCAGACACUUUGGAUGCACAGGGGAAAAAAGCUGGACUGUUUAAGAUAAUAUUUAAGCUUCCCAUUGCUAUCAAAUAACAGAAAACUCAAAAGGCCAAAAGAGAGAGGAUAUAUGAUUAGGUAUUGGUGCUCAGAUUCAAAAAAGACUCCUUGUUGAGAGAGCUGGAGAGGCUGAAGUCUGAAGAUGUUGAAUGUUCUGGGGUAAAGUUCUUUUGUGGUUUUGUUUUUUCCAUAUUUGUGUUAGAACACCUCUUCCUGGACUCCAUUCUUCUUACAGUCCAUUCAGGAAUACUUGAACCAGUCAGAACUUCCAUAUAACAUUUGUGAUUAUCAACGGUUCUUGCUUUUGCCUGAAUAAGACCAAGUUGGCCUGCGAUGCUGCCAUAUGAUGAAUGCAGAGGAAGUGUCCUGACUUUGCUCUUUCCAAGUUUUUUAAGCCAACUUGUGGUUCCUCUGCAGAUACAAUAGGUCCUGUAACUGUUGAAAACUGUAAGGCCAUUGUAAAGAGAUUACAGAAGCUCAGUAAGCAGGCCUGGAGUGCACCCGCUGGGUGAGAAGCACCACAGCCAACCCCCUGUGUAGCAUUCUCCAGUGAGUGGAUUUUUUGGUGCAUGAAAUAUUGUCUGUAACAAAGAGUUUCUCAGUGAGACUCCCCAGAGAAUAUCUGACCUGAGGAGAAGAUUCCACCUGCAGCUGUGUACCACUCAGGGUGUUCCCAAGACAGCUUGAAGGCAUGGUGGUAGCUGCACCCUUUAGCUUCUCCAGCAGCUUCCAGCCAUCCAGGAUGACCAACAGGAAUCCUGACAACACCACAAGCUCUGUGUGCAGUGGCACUGUGCACAACAGCCACCGCCCUCAGACAUCUCCACAGUGCUCUGACCCUGCUCUGACAUCAAAGUGUGGCUCACAGUGUCCCCAGGUGCUGGGUGACAGGUGGAAAAAGGUGCUGGUGACACAGAGCCCAGAGAACACAGUGACAUGGGCUCUCCUUAUUUAAGAUGGCUUCAUUUAAUGAAUGUGCAAUGAGAAAUUAACUCGCCUCUCUCUCUGUUCUGCUUGCAGCAGCCAGGCCAGGGCAGGAAUUCUGCUGGCCAGUGUAAACUGUCAGCCCCCAUCAGGUCUUGGGGCACUUGCUGCCCUGUGGGAGGCCCCAGCUACCCCCAAGCUGCCAAGUCCCCUGUGUGUGGCACUACAGGGAUGAUACACAGCUACUCCAGGGUUGUAGACUUCAGUAUUUUAAAGCAAUCCAGACUUUGAAAUUUAUAAAAUGUCUCUCUCUUCUCCGUGAUAUGAACAACUUUCAUUUAGUCUUACUGCCUUUCUUUUUAAAAGACUAUGGAUUGGGUUUUUUCAGUAACAUGUAUUUUUUUACUUCUAAGUUAAUGUUGUGACAAAGUCUGUGCCCUCAACUGAUCCCUGAGGCUGUGGCUUCAGUGGAGUUCCUUAACAUUUCUGACAAUGCCAUUAGGCCUUUGCCACAAAUACUGUGCAUAAAGGCUGAAUGCAGAACCACACGUUAUAACCUGACUACAUAUAACCCUAUUUUACUGCCCUUGCAAUGAGGGGACUUACUGUGUCAAGUAACCUAGGAUAAUACAAAUUUUAGAGACAGAUGUGCACAUAAAGGUCUAACACGAAAUUUACAUGCACAGGGGCUCACCACCUUUUUUAUUCUUUUUCCUUCCACAGCAGAGGUGGAUUCUCCUCUAACACAGGGCUUGGGUUUAUUUUCAAGCUCAUUCACUCGUGUCCCAUCAGAAAAUGGUGCUUUCCCAAGGAAACAAAAUCAAAUCCCAUUUUACUAGGCUGACUGCACACUGCCAUCAAGUGAUGUACUCUUGUUCUGGGAUCUGUAUAGUGCUGAGUGUUUCCAUAGCGUCAGGAUGCUGAAUGUUUGCUGUUUGUAGUCUUUAUUAUGGAGCUAGUGAAAAACCAACAUCUUCUCUACUCAAGCCAUAUUUCACCUUCAUGUCCAACUUCUGAUGCUGGUGCUUUUACUUCUCUUUCUACCAAACUGUUCAACACUGCUCUGCCACUGAGGUCAAUUUGCUGAUAACUUUUGGAAAGCAAAUGCAAUAGCAAGUGAAAAAAAAUAAAUAAAAUCAAUCUCAGACUUAUUCACCGAGAUAAGAGCAAACAGUUGGAACGUAUUGAUGCUUUUCAAUCCUAGCAACAAUCCACUGAAGGAGGAAAAAAGAAACAGUAUUGCUAACAGCUCAGCAUUUUCAAGGUGCAAAGUAAUUCCACAGCCUUAAUUAUUUCAGUGUAUUGCUGGUCUGCCUUAAAUGUAUCUUCAGUUUUAUUGCGGAUUUCAUUUUGUAUGCACACAAUGUUGGUUUGUAAAGGCAGGUUUGUAAAUAUUUCCUUUGUAAGUCUAAUCACUCAUGUGUACUGUUGUGAGGUGACUACUUGCUGUCCCAUGUUGUUGUUACUAUACUGCGGUAUGUAUGAUCAUCUACAGAUGUAGCUUCGACUUGUACAUCUCCUGUCCUUGCAUUCCCAUAAAUAGAGUAUACUAAAGACUCCGUUUCUGGGCUUUUUUUGAUUAAAUAAAAUUAUUCAGAGAAGA